ACAGAGUUCAAAAUGGCCACCCUUAAAGGGGAGGCAACUUUUUUCCCCUCUAACUCCUCCCUACCCCGGCUCCCACCCCCUCAACACACAAUCCUUGGUGUUCCUCAUUUAAAAAAAAAAUUGUUUGGCGUUUCUCAGUCUUAAGUUAAACACUGGUGUAGAUGUACCUUUCCUCAUAAUGUGUGAACUGUGUUAAAGUAAUCCUUGCACCAGUUGAUGUAGCUAUCCUUAACAUAAUGCGGUUGAAGUGCAUGCAGAUGAAGGAAAGAAUACAAUUCUGCAGGGCAUACCACAUAGCAUAGAAUGUGCAUGCUCUCUUCAUCAUUCCAUUCACACAUGUGCUUAUUGUAGAGUAGCUGUUGUAAGAGGUUAUGCUGCACACUGUAGCUUGCUAGCUUAGCUUCUCACGCACUAUUGUCCUGAUCCUAAGUUUCAUUUCUCUUAGGCCACAGAAGGAGUUGGUGCAAGGCUAGCACUAGAAUAUGGGAGUCCCUGACUUCUGCUUGUUAGAGAAAAUGUGCAAACUUGCAUCUGACAUGGUAUCUUCAAAAGGAAUAAUGCAAGGCUUAUGGAUGAAAUUUUAAAACAGCAGCAGGAACUGUUGGGUCUAGAUUGCUCCAAAUAUGCGGUGGAAUUUGCAAAUCAAGACAAAACAGACCAAGUUUUAAAUUGCCAAUCUACACUGAAGGUGCUGUCCCCAGAAGAUGGAAAGGCAGACAUUGUGAGAGCUGCUCAGAACUUUUGCCAGUUGGUAGCACAACAGCAAAGAAAAUGUACAGACCUGGAUGUGAAUGUCUUAGACAGUUUACUAAGUAGUAAUAAAGGUUUCCCUGAUCCUGAUUUAAUUUUGAAGUUUGGUCCUGUGGACAGCACCUUAGGAUUCCUUCCCUGGCACAUCAGACUGACAGAGAUUAUCUCUUUGCCUUCACACCUGAACAUCAGCUAUGAAGAUUUUUUUUCUGCCCUCCAUCACUAUGCAGCCUGUGAGCAGCGUUGCGGAAAAUGACUUCUGAAUGAGCACUCUGUCAGGCUUUCCAUGGAAAGGACCCAGUGUCUCUGUUUACAAGCACCCUGUGAUCUGUACAAGUCUGGUUCAUAAUUUUCUUAAUUUAUCAAAAAACUCAAUAAAGUGUCUUACCUUUCUGUAGAGUCUGUGCGUGUGAGUAUAUGAGAAUCCUUCUGUGGAAAGGGGGAAAUGCACAGGUUUGUUCGUUCGUACAGAUGACCUUGUAAAAAUGUUUUAAGCAGAGCUGCUCAAACACUUCAUGCCCCCACCUCUGUCUCCCCCUCGUGACCAAAACAUUAUUAUGUAAGAUUAAUGUUAUUCCUUGCUAAGGGAAAAUAUUCAUAGUGUCAUUGUGAAAACUACAGGGUAACAUAAGAGGUUGCCACAUGCAUUGGAAAAGUGCAAGACUGGUCUGCCGCCAUAUGCCCGUCCAUUUCUCAUCCUCCCUUUGUUCCCCAUAGUUGGACACUUGAGAGCUAUUUGGCCUGGUUAUCUUCAAAUAAUGUUAUGCAUUUGUGUAUUUCAGUAAUUGUUCUAAUAACCAUAAAAAUGGAAUGGAAAAUUUUCCAGCUUAUCUGCUAACAAGGCAAAGCAUCUAAUAGGAUAAAAAGCCGAGGUAAUCAGUUUCUGCCAUCUAAAGAGGCCACAGAUUUUUUUUUAACCUAAUUUUGGGGAAGUGCAUUAAGCAGCACUUCUAGAAAGAUCUAGAGCAAGUUGUGGGUGGACAAGGAUAUUUUAAAAACUAAUGUCUUCUAAAAAGGCACUGAUAGACCUAGAUAUAUUCCCUUAUUCCUUAGAACCCAGCAAAGCCAAAUUCCUCUUGAGUUCAAUGGAUAUCAAAUUGAGCAUCCAUAUGUGAGGAGAUGACACAAAAUGAGAUUUCCAAAAUAUAAACAUUAUAAAUGAAUGUUUGUUACACCAAUUUGGUACUUUAAAAAAAAUUAAAAACUUUAAGUAUUAAGGCAGUAGCUGGAAAACAUAAGCCUUUCUCAGACUGAGUUCAAUUUAGAUUUUGGGUUGUUGAUUCAAUUUUUUUAGUCUCUAAUUAUGGAACAAUACGAAUUGCCAUUGUGCUUUUCUUAAUAACGUUUAGCCAAAAGACAAUUCUUAGUUGUGUGUAUUUCUGGAAAGCCUCCAUCAGACAUAAAACCUGUGUACAUUCUGAACUAGAGAUUAUCCUCAAGACUGAGUUUAGGAAGUCUGCAAAUAGAAGUGAAGAGAAGGAAGGGAUUAAGUGAACAUGUGGUGCUCGUGUGUUUUAUCAUGUUUGCUUCAUCAUUCAUGAUCUCAAUUUAAACAGAAGUAGAGCAUUAGGCUAAUAACUGUCAGAGUUCCUUAUGCAGAUAAGGGGAGGAAACUCCAUGACAGACUGUCCUCAUUUAAUUAUUUACAUAUUUUUAAAAUCAUUUGUUUAAUAGAAUUUAUCAUCCAAUUGUCUAAAUGUUUUUAAGUAUGAAAGAAUAAGUAGUACCUAAAAAGAAAGCAGUAAUGUCUGUUGCUGAAUGUUUGUCUUUUGAAACUCUAUAAUUCAUUUUGUCCUUGAGUUAUGAGCCAGUUCUUGAACAAGUGUUUCAAAUGUGUGUCCCGCCUUAGAGAUUUAGUUCUUUCACCUUCUUAAGAAGAAUAUAAGAAGGUUGUCAAGGCACUGUGGGAAAUCUUUAUUUCAGUUUAAAAAGGAAAUGGACAGAUUUUAAAUGAAUGUUUUUUUGUAAAAUAUCACACUUGAUAUGUUACCAUUAAUAGAUAUGUUACAGUACAGGUUGCAGAAGAUAUUACUUGUUUAGAUGUUACUUGUUUUUUUUUCCUCUCCUCCUUUAAUAUCUCUGUACAGGUCCCAAAAGAACCUAUAACAAUGUGAACUGCCUCAUUUCAUGUUGUGUGAGAGAAAGGAACCUUUAUCAAGUUGCUCACAGCUCUGAACUGAUUCUUUCAAAGACAUAAAGAUGAUAUUCCAGAUACACUGUACUGGCAUUUCAAUCUAUUUAAACUCAUUGAUGGGGUUGACUUUUUGGUGUUCACCCUAUUGAUAAAACAAAACGGACAAUUUAACAGGUGAUGCCUUCUUGGUGUCCUUGUAAUUCCCCACUAAACGUUAUAAACUUAGCUUCUGGGGGUAGGUUUAGUGACUUGCUUGAAGAGAGCUCUUUAGAAUUGUGGAAUAAUUUUUUUUAAAGCAAAAAUCACCUUAAUGAAAACAUAAAUAUGUUGGUAGUAAACAGGGAAGAGGGUGGCUUAAUUCUGUGGGUUUUUUCAUCAACCUGCAGAUUGGCAAAAAUAGUCUUGUUACCUGAGCUGGUUUUGGCCCUUACCAAAUUCCUGCAUAUCUUUACUACAGCUAGUAUUUCCUGUUUCAGAGCCAGACCUUAAAAUUGAGUGAGCUGUGCCAAAUACACUGUGUAUAUCCACAACUUGAUCCUUGAAUGUCUCAUUGCAGUUAGCUUCCCCCAUCCCAGCUUGUCAUGUGUGAAGGUACGUUGUAUAGCUGUGACAUUCUGUGUGGCUAUAGUCUAUGGCUACAUGUAAAUAGUGUGUAAAGCAAGUUUUUUAUGAUUAAGGAAUUGAUUUAUUGAACUUUAUUAUUGAAAGUUAAAUCUGAAUCUGUAAAACAAGAAACCAAUAAAAGAAUAUAAUCUUUCUAC